GAUCGUCCCUGUCACUCUCACCACCACGAUCCCCCCAUACUGGCAUACAACGUACCAUACCUUGCACAUUGACAUUCAGCGUUACUCUCAAUGCUCGUCAUGGCCUGAAAACACCCGGUCUUCCCCAUGAGAAAGCCGGGGGCACGCCGCGUGAUGUCGAUGAACUUUUGGACCUCAAUUUGAAUCAAAUGGUCGGAUGAAGUUGGCUCUAUUGAUACGCUCACCAUGCCAAAACAAGUGGAGUAUCAUCAACUAGGAUUAUCAGGGUUGAGGGUCUCGGUGCCUAUUUAGUUGGGCGCGAUGAGCUACGGAUCUCCAGAUUGGUUUCCUCAUAACUGGGUUCUGAACGAAGAUCACUCUCUACCAAUCAUCAAAGCUGCUUGGGAUAUAGGAAUCAACACUUUUGAUACAGCGAAUGUAUACUCGAAUGGAGAGUCAGAAAGAGUUGUUGGAAAGUUCAUGAAAAUGUACAACAUUCGUCGAAACCAAAUCAUUAUCGCCACGAAAUGUUACCACCUUGUCUCUCACGAUCAAACUCGUUCCGUUGUCUACGACAGAACGCUGUACGAUGAUCGGAGACACAUCAACAAUUACGGGCUUUCGCGCGCUGCGAUUUUCAAUGCUGUCGAAGCGUCUCUCGGAAGGCUCGGAACAACAUACAUCGACCUAUUUCAAAUCCACCGCUUCGAUCCUGAUACUCCGGUAGAAGAGACGAUGAAAGCUUUACAUGACCUCGUCCAGACGGGAAAGGUUAGGUACAUCGGGGCGAGUUCCAUGAGGACUUGGCAGUUUGCAAUGAUGAACGAGGUAGCUGACAAGAGAGGCUGGACGAAAUUUGUUAGCAUGCAGAACGAGUAUUCAUUGUUGUACCGUGAAGAGGAGAGAGAGAUGAUUCCCUAUUGCAACUUCAACGGUAUCGGCAUCAUCCCAUGGGCCGCCCUUGCUACUGGCCUCCUCGCCAGACCUGUAUCCGUUACCACCCACCGUAGUGAGGUCGCCAAAGGAACUGUGUACGAACGUACCCUCUCCGCUGCAGAUGAAGAAACUAUCAAACGGGUCGAAGAGGUCGCACAGAGGAAAGGCUUCAGUAUGGCCAAAGUUGCGUUGUCAUGGGUCGCUGCAAAGACUGUCAGCCCGGUUGUCGGGAUAUCGUCGGAGCAGCGGAUCGAGGAGAAUGUGGUUGAUGGUAUCGAGUUGACGGAAGAGGAGACGAAGUAUCUGGAGGAACCAUAUGUGCCCAAGGCAGUCAGAGGACACAAGUAAGCAGCGUUGUCGGAAGUAUGAAAGUACUCCUCGAGUACAACGCAUGUCAUUAGGGCUUUCCACCUAUACAUCUUCUCAUCGAUAUCGCCUUCAAGGCCCGAUAUUGUGAUUCAUGUGACAGGACACACGAUAACUUUGCGAUCGGCUCAAGUUUUGGUUCGCAUUUCGCUUUCGUUUCCUAUACGGCGGAACCUCCUUGAAGAGCACUGAGAGGGACUGGGCGGUUGUUGUCCCUGCCUCACAGUUACCAAUAGACACAUUGUACCACUACACGCA